GAUGGCGUAACAAUGUAAUCACAAGACUGGAAAAAAACUUGGACAGGUGACACAGGUGUUGUAAAGGGAGUGAACGAAAAAUCGAACAGUUUUUCCGUGUUACUUUUCCAAAAAUCAACUAAGGAUGGCUACUACAUCCCAAGUGGUCAACGAUCCCAAGUUAAAAGAGAUCAUGACAUCUUUAGACGACGACAAAAUCGAUAUGUUAGCCGCCACAAGCGUUCUACAACAACAAGCGACCGAUGUUCGUAGCGAAAAAGUUACAUGGCAAUCAUAUCUUCAAUCCCAAAUGAUUUCCCAAGAUGAUUACAAAUUCAUCGUGGCUUUCGAUGUCCAAGACAACGCGAAACGUGAGAAUUUAUUGCGCGCCGACCGGCUACAAUGCGCAAGAACGUUUUUAAACCUCCUCGGACAUGUUUCUAAAGAUAAUACUUUAAGAUAUAUCUUAGUAUUGAUCGAUGAUAUGUUACAAGAGGAUCGCACUCGCGUCGAGAUUUUCCACGAAUACGCCUUAAAAACGAAAGAAUCCGUUUGGUCCCCAUUCUUAAAUCUUUUAAAUCGCCAAGAUGGAUUCAUCACCAAUAUGACUUCGAGGGUUAUCGCAAAAAUCGCGUGUUGGUCCCACACCCCGAUGGAGCGCUCCGAUUUGCAAUAUUAUUUAACUUGGUUAAAAGACCAACUUACCACUCAGUACAAGGGUUUAGCCGAGAUGCAACACCAAGCCGACACUGCUCGUUUGGCCGGAUUUGACGCCCCGAGGGUUGGUGGUUUAGGGGAUUAUGAUGAGGACUUGCCUUUGGAUCUUUCGAACAACGAAUACAUCCAAUCAGUGGCUCGUUGUUUACAAAUGAUGCUAAGAAUCGACGAGUAUCGAUUUGCUUUUGUAUCAGUCGAUGGUAUUUCAACCUUAUUAUCCGUAUUAUCCGGUCGCGUUAACUUCCAAGUGCAAUAUCAGUUAAUAUUUUGUAUUUGGGUGUUAACUUUUAACCCCCUUUUGGCGGAAAAAAUGAACAAAUUCAACGUAAUCCCGAUAUUAGCCGAUAUCUUAAGCGAUUCCGUUAAAGAGAAAGUUACAAGAAUAGUUUUGGCCGUGUUCCGAAACUUGAUUGAGAAACCAGAUGAUGCUCAAGUCGCUAAAGAACAUUGUAUCGCAAUGGUACAAAGCAAAGUACUCAAACAACUCAACAUCCUCGAGCAGAGGAAAUUUGAUGACGAAGAUGUUACAGCGGAUGUUGAAUUUUUAACUGAAAAAUUACAAGCUUCCGUUCAAGAUUUGAGUUCGUUCGAUGAAUACGCAACGGAAGUUAAAAGCGGAAGAUUGGAAUGGUCUCCGGUGCAUAAAAGCAAAUUUUGGCGCGAAAACGCGCAACGUUUGAACGAAAAGAAUUACGAACUUUUAAGGAUUUUGAUUCACCACUUAGAAACGAGCAAAGACCCCCUUGUUUUGAGCGUUGCGAGUUAUGAUAUUGGCGAAUACGUGCGACAUUAUCCAAGAGGAAAACAUGUCAUCGAGCAAUUGGGCGGAAAACAACUUGUUAUGCAAUUAUUGGCCCAUGAAGACCCGAAUGUUCGUUAUGAGGCGUUGUUGGCUGUUCAAAAAUUGAUGGUGCAUAAUUGGGAGUAUUUGGGAAGGCAGUUGGAGAAGGAUCAGGCGACAGGUGAUACUAAACAGGGUACUGCACCUAUUUCUGGAAAAGCGUAAAAAACUUUUUCCUACAAUUAUGUAAUUUGUAAUUAUCUAGAAAGUAUUUUGUAGUUUGUUGAUGUUGUAAAGAGAAAAUAAUAAUAAUCACGAGAUAUUAA